AUGAGUGACGCCGUUACUAUCAGAACUAGAAAGGUUAUCACCAACCCAUUGUUGGCUAGAAGACAGUUUGUCGUUGACGUCUUGCACCCAAACAGAGCUAACGUCUCCAAGGAUGAGUUGAGAGAGAAGUUGGCUGAGUUGUACAAGGCCGACAAGGACGCUGUUUCCGUUUUCGGUUUCAGAACCCAGUUCGGUGGAGGAAAGUCUACCGGUUUCGGUUUGGUUUACCAGUCCGUUGCUGACGCCAAGAAGUUCGAGCCAGCUUACAGAUUGGUGAGAUACGGUUUGGCUGAGAAGGUCGAGAAGGCUUCCAGACAGCAGAGAAAGCAGAAGAAGAACAGAGACAAGAAGAUCUUCGGUACCCAGGCAUCCCACGCCAAGAAGGUUGCCAAGAGAAACGCUGAUUAG